AUGGACGGUGGAUUACUUGAGCCAUCUUUGUACGCAAUCAAAGCCAUUGCUAUUCUUGAUAAUGAUGGGAACAGGCUACUUGCCAAGUAUUAUGAUGAGUCUUUUCCCACCACAAAAGAACAGAAAGCAUUUGAGAAGAAUUUGUUCAACAAAACUCACAGAGCGAAUGCAGAGAUCAUCAUGUUUGAAGGCCUGACCUGUGUUUAUAAAAGCAACGUGGACCUAUUCUUUUAUGUCGUUGGUUCGUCUCAAGAAAAUGAGUUGAUCCUAGCUAGUGUCCUCAAUGCCUUCUACGACUCCAUCAGCCAGAUUCUGAGGAAAAAUGUUGAGAAGAGGACUCUGUUAGACAACAUGGAUGCUGUUUUUCUUGCAGCAGAUGAGCUCUGUGAUGGGGGAAUCAUCCUGGAAGCUGACAGCAAUGCUGUGGUACAGAAGGUGGCUAUAAAAAAUGAUGACAUUCCCCUGGGAGAGCAGACAAUGGCCCAGAUCACAUCCAAAUAUGGACAACAGGUAUCGGCUGCCACAGAUAGGGUUUUACAGUCAGCCAAGGAUCAGAUCAAGUGGUCACUGCUGAAAUGA